AAACAAACAUUCAAAUGUACCGACAACUGAAGAGGAGGAAAAGUUGGUGGCUUUUCUCAAGCGUCACUCAGGCGUUACCAUCCGUAUUUGUUGGCUUUUUCUUUCCUCGAGAAGUGCAUGACCAAAACAAAAUCAGUGAACUCAAAAAUUGUUAUGGAACAAAAUGUUUCAGCUAUUUUUCCUAGGGAAUUCCGGCUUUAUUAGAAAAUCUUUCACAGUUGCAAUUCGGCAUACAUAUUUAACCGGUUUCAACCGCCGAUUCUCUGCGAUAAAAGCACUAGAACCGGCUUACCAACCGGCUGCGGUUGAGUCCCGAAAUGCCGAAGUGGGUUCGAAAAAAGUCGAUCCCGGAAAAGGAAGUCGUAGAGAAAAGUUCAGCCUACUAUUUCCGCCACCGAACGUAACCGGUGAUCUGCAUCUGGGUCAUGCCCUCACGUGUACCAUCCAGGAUGCGCUAAUCCGUUGGCACCGGAAGCAAGGCCGUGAAUGUGUUUGGAUACCGGGAAUGGACCAUGCCGGGAUAGCUACCCAGGUGGUGGUGGAAAAACGGUUGCUCAAAGAGAGGGGCUUAAGUCGGCAUGAUCUCGGGAGGGAAGAGUUUUCAAAGGAAGUUUGGAAAUGGAAACAGGAAAAAAGUGAUAGCAUAAAACAUAAUUUGAUAAGGAUGAGUUGCAGCAUGGAUUGGGAGAGAGAAUAUUUUACUAUGGAUGAACGACAAAGCGUAGCCGUCAAGGAAGCCUUUAUAAGGCUUUUCGAGGAUGGAUUUAUUUAUAGGGACAAAUCUCUGGUUAAUUGGUCCUGUUCAUUGGAAUCAGCAAUAUCGGAUAUUGAAGUUGACAACGUCGAAAUAAACGGACCAACGUUGUUGGAUGUCCCGGGAUACAAAAAGAAAGUAAAAUUCGGCGAGAUGGUUGAUAUAGCAUACAAGGUUCAAGACUCAAAAGAAGAAAUCAUAAUUUCAACCACCAGACCGGAAACGAUGCUUGGGGAUGUCGCAGUUGCCGUAAACCCGAACGACGGACGAUACGAUCAUCUAAAGAAUAACAGAACCAUGCUUUGGCAUCCGUUCCGAAAAGAAGAAAUACCGCUCAUAUUUGACGAAAGCAUUGAUCCCGAAUUUGGAACCGGUGCCGUUAAAAUUACUCCAGCACACGACAAAUAUGAUUAUGACAUGGCCAAGAAACACCGAUUACCCUUGGUUGAAGUUAUUGAUAGUAAAGGUCAAAUACUUGAAGGCUUUGGUUCCUUUGGGUCACUUCCGAGGUACGAGGCUCGACAAAAGAUGCUAGAUUAUUUAGCUACUCAGUAUCUGCUUAGAGAUGUUAAACCUCAUUCCAUGAUACUUCCGGUUUGCUCCCGUUCCAAAGAUAUUAUAGAGUUCCUGUUACGCCCACAAUGGUUUGUUCGUUGCAAAGAAAUGUCCCAAAGAGCAGUGCAGGCUGUAGAAGCUGGACAUCUUGAAAUAAUCCCGAAACAGUUCGAAAAAGACUGGUUCCGAUGGUUGGAAAAUUGUCAUGACUGGUGCAUCUCGAGGCAACUCUGGUGGGGACACCGAAUACCGGUCUUCGAGGCAAAAACAAAUACCGGUUCUACUUGGAUUGCCGCAAAGUGUCUUGACGAAGCAAAUUCUAAAGCCCAGGUUGCUUUGAACACGUCUGACUUUACAAUCGAACAAGAUCCAGACGUCCUUGAUACCUGGUUCUCGUCGUCUCUGCUACCAUUUUCAUCUCUUGGCUGGCCCAAACCCUCGUUUGACCAAGAACGAUUCUAUCCCUUGGACUUAAUGGAAACUGGUCACGAUAUCCUAUUCUUUUGGGUCGCUCGAAUGGUAAUGCUUGGUCAACAGCUAACAAACCAACUACCAUUUAAGCGAAUCCUGCUUCAUGGUGUAAUAUGUGAUGAGAACGGACGCAAAAUGUCCAAAAGCCUUGGAAACGUUAUUAAACCGGAACAGGUAAUCCACGGAGCCUCCCAGCAGCAGCUCGCUGAAGAAAUCGAAACCUCCCAUCGGCAAGGAGUUCUUACUAGCAGCGAGCUGAAGAAAUCCCUUGCCGGUCAAAGAAAAAUGUUUCCUAACGGAAUUCCGGAAUGUGGAACAGACGCUCUGCGCUUUACUUUAUGUUCCUCGAACAUCAAGAACCAUUUUAUUAAUUUCAACAUUCAGGAAUGCCAUACCAACAAGUUGUUCUUUAAUAAAAUUUGGCAAGCCGUUCGAUACACGUUGAGCAGCGUUGAAAAAUUCAAUCAAGCUGAAUUGUGGUUACAGCGUUCCGAAAAGGAUAGUCUAAGCGAAAUGGAUCAAUGGAUUUUGAGUCGGCUAAGCAAUACGAUGGUGACCUUUGAAAGUGCCAUGAAGACGUUCAACUUUCAUCUCGCCACAGCUGCCUUGAAAACUUUUUUUUACAACAAUUUCUGUGAUGUUUAUCUAGAAACUACCAAAGUCAACAUGAGACAAGAAGCAAACGCCAUUGACGCCGCCAAAAACCAUUGCCGAGUGCUUCACUACUGCCUUCGGCAUGGGCUUUCUCACCUAGAAGUGUUCACACCUUUCCUGGCAGCUGAGCUGCAAUCGCAUUUACCAGCGUCCCAAGAGGAAUGCCAUCCAUCCGAGUGGAUUAAUCAACCGUUGGAAAACGAAAUCAACCAGUUGCUAGAAAUCUGCCAAAGCAUUCGUCAAGCCAAAGCUGAGGCACCGGUUCCUAUAGCCCGAAAACAUCGACCGGUGCUUCACAUCCUGUCCAAAACCGAUCAGUUGACCAGUCUGCUGCAAAGGCAUUUAGCCAACGUUCAACAGUUGACGCUGUGUGACGGUGUCCAGCUACAUCGAAGCGAAGAUUCGUUUGAAAAGCUGUCUUUUACUGCAAACUCCACGGCUAGUCACGAAUGUUGCUUCGGAGUGGUUACCAAUUUAACAGGGUCACAAGAAAAUGCAGACCAGAAAAGGGGAACUGGCGUCAGUAAAAAGUUAUUGAAAUUGGAAAGUGAACUAGAUCGGUUGCUAGCAACGGUCAACAACGAAGGCUACCGGACACGAGCCAAUGAAUCCGUACAGAAAAAGCAUUCUGAAAAGAUCAACCAGCUGCGAUUGCAGAUCGAUAAUAUGCGGAAGCUGGCCAUUUAGUACAAUAAAAAGGGAAUAUAGGUGAUUUGAUUACCUAUGUUAGUGCUUGUGUUAAUCGUUAGUAAAUAGAGUUUUCAAUGUUCUGAAACAAUUCGAAACAUCCAUGACUACAACCAAAAACAUC